AUGUCGUCCUCCUCCCCCUCCUCCUCCUCCGGCGACGACGACGACGACAACGACAACGACGAUGCCGCCGCCACCGCCGCCACCGCCGCCCCCGAGCCCGCUGUCACCACCGCCACCACCGCCACCAACGAGUCCGCCGCCCCUUCCGAAGCGCCGGCCGGGGAAGCCCCCGGUGUUCUCGGGGACGACCCCAUUGCCAUCGCGCGCCCGCCCUCGGUGCGGCCCCAGGACCCGGUCCUGGCGGCAGAGGUGACCGAGAUCCUGGCCAGGCGCCGUGAGCAGUCGGCCGGCGUCCGCUUUGCGGACGACGUCGACUGGAUCGAGCCGGCUCCUCGCCGCCGCGCCCGAUCGACCCGGCGCGAUGAGGACGAGGACGAGUACGAGGAUGUCGACGACGGCGACAUCAGCCCGGACGAGAUCUUGCGCGCCGGCGGGGGUCCUCGCUCUCACGUCGAGGACAAGGACGACGGCGAGUACAAGCCGCCUAGAAGCGGCGGACGGCGGAAGCAACCCCCGGCCCGCGCUAAUCCCGCCGGCGAGACCCCCAAGCGGUUGCAGACAACGGCGGCUGCGCCGAGAGGCCGGCGUGCGAGUGCGCCGAGGGCGCCAAGGGCGCCAAGGGCCAAGACGACGGCCGCCCCUGCCCCCGCGCCCAGCACGGGUCCCGCGGCGCCACCUACCCCCCCGACCGCCGCGGCAGCCCCCUCGGCCGGCAACGCCGCCCAGACCAAGCCGAAGCCACGCCAGCGCAAAAAGCCGACGGACGACAGCGAGCAAAGCGGUGAAGAGGCCGCGAAGCCAGCGCCCAAGCGGCGCUCGUUCCCCUGGAAGCCCGAACUCGACGAGCACGGCAAGCCGAUCCCUGUUGUGCGGCGCAAGCGCUUUCUCGACGAGAACGGCAAGCCGAUCCUCACCAAGACGCCGGGGACGCCGCGCGGCUUCUGGGUGUCGCCGCAGGCGCGAAUGCGGUCGACCGAGGGCGAGGAGAUGACGCGCACCGAGUUCGACCUGGCGUACCCCAUGUCGACGCGCCGUUGGCUGCCCGGCGGCCGGAUCGGCGGAGGGCGGUACGAGAUCAUCGCCACGGGCGUCGUCUGGUCCUUUGUCGUGGAGCCGAGCGACUACCAGCAGCAGGAGCCGCCCCAGAGCAGCCAGCCCGCCGCUACCCGGCCCUUACUUCCGGCGCCCACUUUGUCCGCGCCGGAGUCUUCUUCCUCAGCCGCGCCGACCGCACACAAUCUCGCCAGGCCCAUCAUCGGGCUCUCCCCUGUGAUCGGCCUCGAUGAUCCAACGGAGCAGCCGGCCACCCAGACCCCGCGACCACCGACGACGACAGGCAGUACCCGGCCGAACGCGCCGACCCAUCCCGCCCUGCCGGCCCAACCCAUCGGGGUUCCCACCACCACCAGCGUCCCCCUUGAUCAGCGCGCUGGCACAGCUGCUGCAGACCCCCCGACAGGCCUCUCCAGACCAACCGGGAGCACGCGAACGAGGGGGACCUCUCGGGCUGCACCUCGAUCUCGACAGCGCGCGCCCAAGCCACGGACAGCAGCGGCGCCUCCACAACCACAGCCACAACCACAACCACAACCACAACCGCAACCGCAACCGCAACCACAACCGCAACCGCAACCACAACCACCACAACCACAACAACCGCAACUGCAGCAGCCAGCGCCGCCUCCGCCGCCACCUCCGCAGCCGUCGAGCCCGCGCACAGCCGCGCGCGUGGCCUUCCUGGACCAGCGGUGCCGCGAGCGGGGCAUCAAAACGCGCGCGCAGUUCGCGUCGGACGCCGAGUUCCUCACCUGGCUUGGGCCGAGGCUGGAGAUGCUGCUCGUGCAGCUGGGGCCGCUGGAUGGGACGCGGGGGCCGGGGCAGGACGAUGCGUCGCAGCCGACUGGCCAGCCGCCGACUGGUCAUGGUCAUGGUUCCGGACGGGGGGCGCAUGGUCAGGGGGAGGGGCAGGGGGAUGGGGAGGGGAGUGGGAGUAGGGCGUAG